UGCUGCUUUUUUCUUUUAAAAUUUUUAAGCUAAUAAUUCCAAAUAUUUUAAAAUAUUUUAAACUAACAACUGCUAUUUUCAUUGAUUAUAUCAAAUUAUAAUGAAAGCUAACAAAUUAUUUUGUACAUCUUAUAAUAUUCCCAGUGUAACUUCUUUAAUACAUAAUUUUUUAAAGUUUAAAAUUUUUGAGAUCAACAUUUUCAGAUGCAAAAAAAAAAAAGAUAUCAGCUAAAUAUUUACGUUUUUUUGGACAACAUUAUGUUGAAGUUUCAGAAAUAGUUCUAAUUCAGAAAUGAAUGAUUCGUGUGGCAAUUUUACAACAAUAAGUAACGAGAUUAAUAAUAUUUUGGUUACAACCUACAUUUUGAUUAUAUUUUUAUCAAUAAUUGGAAAUUGUGCCGUUUUUACGGUUGUUGCUGCAAACAGACAUAUGCGAACUGUUACAAAUCUUUUAAUUUGCAACUCGUCCGUUGCAGAUUUAUUAAUUACAUUCUUACCAACCACCUAUGAAGUUUUGGAUCUUGUGAAGUACAAAGGAGUAUGGUCAAUGGGAUCAUUUAUGUGCUCAUUUUUAUAUUUAUGUAACUACUGCUCAGUUUCAGCUUCAAUAUUUACACUUUUGGUUUUAGCAGUAGAUCGAUACUGCGCAAUCAUGAACCCGUUUAAAAAGUUAGUAACAUUAAACAUGCUAAAGUUUAUAAUACCUGUCAUUUGGACGUCUUCUUUAUGUUUUGCUUCACCAGUACUAUUUACACAGAAAGUUAUUAUUGAAAAUAAUAAAAAAGUAUGUGCAGAAACAUGGCCUGAUUUUAUGCCCACUGAAAGUGCGCGUCAUUAUACAGUGGUUUUGUUCACGUGUUUAUAUCUUAUACCUUUGAUAAUCAUUUUGAUAUUGUAUAGUAUCAUGGCUAUAAAACUAACAUCUUCUGUAAGCAUGGACGAUAAUUCUAGUUCAUAUAGAUCAUGCACAGUUGAAUCAAAAGAGGAAAUUGCCAUGGAAAAUAUUAUUGAAAAUAACAAUUGGCUAGAUUCAAUUCGAAAAGAAAAGGUUGAAGUAUUUUUAAGAAAUAAGUAUAUAUAUAAGAAAAAAAUGCAAAAAAGAAAUAAAGUUAAUGUACUUCCAAAAAAGAGCGUGUUACGAAAACGUCGCGUCAUUCGAAUGUUAGUUGCUGUAGUAAUGAACUUUGCAAUUUGUUGGGGUCCAGUUCACAUUAUACAAUUCUUGUCAUAUUUUCAUCCUUUUUAUAUUCAUUGUCAGCAAGCAUUACGUAAAGCGGCAUACUUUGGAUACGUUAUACAAUAUGCUAACAGUAGCAUUAACCCAAUGCUAUACUUUUUAUUGAGCGUCACUUAUCGCAAAGGAUUACGACACGCACUAAAAUUACUACCUUGGGUGAGAAAAAAAGAAAAAGCUUUGGGAGUUAGGACCAGAAAAAUAACUAAAACAUCGCUUCUAUGCAGCGAUUCAAAUAUUUGCGAGAAGAGUACUUAAAGAAAAAAAUAAUAAACAAUUUGCUUAUAAAAUAAAAACGUUCGAAAAAGCAAUAAAAAAAAUCUUCUGUUAUUAUGCAAACACAAACAAAAACCCAAAAAUAUUUUUGAAAGUAAUUUUGUGAACUAUAUUUUUCGUUACUUCCGAAAUUCUUCAGAUAAACGAAUAACAAAUAAU